UGGCGUGGUGAUUAGUGAUGGUGGACGAAAUGGAAUUAUUGUGUACUUUGUAAAGCAACAAGUUUUUUGCGCACAUAAACUGAAAUAGUUGGAACAUCGAUAGUGUCGUGGGGAAUACUUUGUGAUGUGAUGUUAUAAUAAAAGGUUUUUUUGGCCAACGAAGUGAAUGCCGUAAUUCGUCUAAACCUUAAAACUUUCUAAGUUCAGCGAAAUAUACGUAAAAAAUCAGUGUUAACAGUUUGUACCUAAAUAAUAAAUUCUUUGGAUAAACUAGGUCUCGUAAUAUUUACAUGAGAGAAGAAAGUGUAGAUUAAAAUUUAAUGUACUUGAAGGUUUUAAAUGUGUUGACAAUCUUGACCAAUUAAUGUCUUGACCAUUGAUGAAGAGCAAGUUGACACAUUUCAAUACAAGGAAUAUUUACCAUUCAUGGUGAAACUGUCACGGUGAAGGCGACGGCAUGUGGCACGGCGCGCGGGUGUUGGUGCUCGCGGCGCUGGGCUUACUGGCCGGGCCUUCGCUUGCCCACAAGAAGUUCAAUAUUACCAUUGGCUACUUACCGGCUCUUACCGGUGACUUGCGAGACAGGCAAGGACUCACAGUCUCCGGGGCACUGUCGAUGGCACUUGAAGAGCUGAACAAUGGAGUCGACCUGCUGCCGGAUGUGGAGAUUCAGUUGCAGUGGAAUGACACGAAAUAUGACAUGGUGACUUCUACCAGGCUCAUCACAGAAAUGAGUUGUGCAGGUGUAGCAGCCUUUUUCGGACCCGAAGGUCGCUGUGAAACCGAAGCCAUAGUUGCGCAAUCCAGAAACCUGCCUAUGAUCUCUUACAAAUGCUCAGACUACCAAGUAUCUAGGUUACCAAACUUUGCCCGAUUAGAGCCUCCCGGCGUUCAGGCGACAAAAUCGUUGAUAUCGUUGCUACGUUACUAUAGAUGGAACAAAUUCUCUAUAUUGUAUGAAGAAUCUUGGAUGACGGUCGCCCUGACGUUGGAGAACUAUGCCAAGGACUUUAACAUGACUGUAAACCAUCAGAGGCCCGUCAUCAAUCAUUUUAAAUGUUGCGAAGAGAAAAUGGCUUGCUGUGCACCCGGUUUCUGGUAUCAGUUCAUUCAUGAUACAAAAAACAAAACAAGAAUUUACGUUUUCCUUGGGUCGACUUCUGGACUAAUAGAGAUGAUGACCGCCAUGGAGUCGCUGCAGUUAUUCGCGAAGGGCGAGUACAUGGUUAUAUUCGUGGACAUGAUGACGUACUCUCUUAAAGACUCUGUCAAGUAUUUGUUAAAAACCGAAGAUCGUGUAUCGUCGACAUUAAUAUGUCCGAACACGCCUGAAUUUAAAAAGAGAGCCCAGUCGUUACUGGUGAUAGUUUCGUCGGAACCAUCCCCGGAAUAUCAAGAGUUUACGGCUAAAGUCAGGAAAUACAAUUCUCUAGAACCAUUCAAUUUUCCCGAUGUCUUUGGCAGCAAGUACAAUAAGUUUGUAUCCAUUUACGCUGCGUACUUGUAUGAUUCGGUGAAGCUGUAUGCUAAAGCUCUAGAUGAAAUAAUCAAGGAGGAAACUCAAAAGGAGCCCUUGACGCAGGCCAAGCUAACGAAUAUUGUCACUAACGGAACAGCCAUUGUGGCGAAGAUGAUUAAAAGCUCGCCAUACAAAAGUGUGUCCGGUAUGACGAUACGUUUAGAUGAUCGUGCCGAUUCCGAGGGAAACUUCUCCGUGCUCGCUUUCAAGCCGAUAAAAUUCAACGAGAUUGAUAUAAACUGCAGUUACAGUAUGAUACCGGUUGCUCAUUUCCAGCAAAACAGUAAAGAGUUUCCUGACUACAAACUAAAUUCACGUAUACCGAUCGAUUGGCCUGACAGCGUGAAACCGGAGGACGAACCGUCUUGCGGUUUCAACAACGAGAAAUGUCCAAGGGACGACUCGCAGAUAACGUCCCUCGUUGUGGCGGGAACGUUAGCGGUGACUUUGUUUUGUACGUUGGUCGUCACGAUCAGCAUAUACCGAAAAUGGAAGAUUGAACAAGAAAUAGAAGGUUUGCUUUGGAAAAUAGACGCACAGGAAGUUACCGGAUAUUCCGACAACGGCCUCGUGUGCUCGCCCAGUAAGUUGAGCCUAGCGAGCGGUAUAUCAUACGAAAUGUGCCCACAAAUAUUCACCACGACGGCGCAAUACAGAGGGAAUUUAGUCAGGAUAAAAAAAUUGAAGUUUUCUAAAAAGAAGGAUAUAUCUCGGGACAUAAUGAAAGAGAUGCGGCUGCUGCGCGAGCUGCGUCACGACAAUCUCAACUCGUUCAUCGGCGCCGUCGUGGAGCCGAUGCGCGUGCUCAUCCUCACCGACUACUGUGCCAAGGGGAGCUUGUAUGAUAUAAUAGAAAACGAAGAUAUCAAAUUGGAUCAAAUGUUCAUAUCUUCGCUUAUUCACGAUCUCAUUAAGGGUAUGAUCUUCAUUCAUUCAUCGCCUUUAAUAUUUCACGGAAAUCUCAAAUCCUCGAAUUGUGUAGUUACAUCAAGAUGGAUGUUACAAGUAGCCGAUUUUGGUCUUCACGAGUUGAGAUAUUGGGCUGAAAACGAGUUUAUUGGAGAACAUCAAUAUUAUAGAGGUUUGCUUUGGAAAUCACCAGAGUUGUUGAGAGGAUUAAACAACCCGAAUGGCAUCGUGGGCGGAACGCAAAAAGGUGACGUCUAUGCGUUUGGGAUUAUUCUAUACGAAGUGAUAGCGAGAAAAGGCCCUUUUGGAAAUGUCGCAAUGGAGCCCAAAGAUAUAAUAGACCGCUUGAAGCGGCCGAAGUUGGACGGCGAAGAGUUGUUUCGUCCGGACACGAGCAGCAUCGACGGCGGCAUCGACGACUACAUCGUGUCGUGCAUGAAGGACUGCUGGGCAGAAGAUCCCAACACGAGACCUGACUUUCCUACGAUUAGAACCAGACUAAAGAAGAUGAAAUCGGGACAAUCAAAAAACAUAAUGGAUCAAAUGAUGGACAUCAUGGAGAAAUACGCUAAUAAUUUAGAAGAACUAGUCAAUGAAAGAACGAGGCUAUUGUACGAGGAGAAACAGAAAACCGAAGACUUAUUACACAGAAUGCUGCCAAAGUCAGUAGCUAGGAGGCUGACGUCCGGGGAGGGGGUUGAACCGGAAUCGUUUGACUCGGUGACGAUUUACUUCAGCGAUAUCGUCGGCUUCACGGCCAUGUCCGCCGAGAGCACGCCGCUGGAGGUCGUCAACUUUCUCAACGAUCUGUAUACGGUAUUCGACAGGAUAAUAAGGGGCUACGAAGUGUACAAAGUGGAGACCAUAGGUGACGCGUAUAUGGUGGUGUCUGGCCUUCCCAUUCGAAAUGACGAUCGCCACGUUGGUGAGAUAGCGUCGAUGGCGCUCGAGCUCUUGAACGCCGCUAAAAGUCACAAAAUUUCACAUCGACCGAAGGAAACUCUCAAACUACGGAUUGGAAUUCAUACGGGGGCCGUGGUGGCGGGCGUGGUCGGCCUCACGAUGCCGCGCUACUGCCUGUUCGGGGACACCGUGAACACCGCGUCGCGCAUGGAGUCCAACGGGGAACCGCUCCGGAUCCACAUAUCGCCGAGCUGCAAGCAAGCGCUCGACAAGAUAGGCGGCUACGUCGUCGAGCCCAGGGGCACGAUAUCGAUCAAAGGAAAAGGACAGCUCCAAACUUAUUGGCUCGUGAGCGCUACCGAAAAAGCGAUUCAGAAGAGGCCCGUGGAAGAGGAGGAGCGGCCUCUGUUCCGCCGGCCCAGGAGGAGUCCGCGGCUCACGGACUCGCGACACCCAUCAGUCACAGGAGUCAUAGGCGGGGCGGUCCGACAGAGAGUAUCGAGCCUAGCGCGGAACAGCGUGGAGCCCAUCGUCGACAGCUUCAACCGCGGCUCGCGCGCGUCCCUGCCCGCACCCGUCUCGUACUCGCCCGUGCGGAGACGGUCGCGCACGGACUACGGUCAGAGGAUCAGGAACGCGCUGAGUUCGAUCGCGUCGUCGACGGCGUGCGAGCGUGCGCGCUCCUUGGACGUGUUCCCGGGCGAGCACGGCGCGCCCGCCGGACCGGCCGUCUCCACAGUCUCCGGCGAGCGCGUGUUCAACGGGAACGCGCUCCCGGACGAGCCGCCGCCCCCCGAGGAGAGCCCGCUCCUGCGCAAGUGCAGCCUGUACAACCGCCUCGACCUGCCGCGCCGCAAGGUGCACGACUCGAGCUACAUCGAGUCGUACAAGCGGUCCCGGUCGCUCGAGAACGUGGGCGACGACAAGUCGGACCGCAAGCCGGCGCGGCUCGCCAUCCGCUCGUGGCUGCUCGACAUAUUCGGCGGCGCCGCCCGCGGCAGCAGCGCCUCCCUGCGCCGCGCCGCCCCGCUCCUCGACCGGGAGUCCGCCGUCUGAUGUCCGAUAUCGUGUAUGUAUAUGAAAAGCUGUUGUAAAUAAUACAAAUAAAACGAUGUUACCGUCAA